AUGUCAACAACCGUGAGCUUGGGUGCAUGGCGGGACCGCACGAAUCUCUUCAUAUCAUAUCGACAGUCGUACACACAUCACCCAGCGAAGAGAGCGCGCUUCACGGGACCCAGCCAUGGCCGCUUCACCGAUGAGCCGACCGAUAGCGAGCGCGCUGGUCUCAUGUCGAAUGCGGAAGGUGAUGGAGACGCGGUGAUAGAGAUGGAUAUUCUGCCGCCGCGAUGGCUGGAUAUCCAGGAUGAGAUCAGUCAGGUGCUGGGAGAUAUCGCAGGCAAGAUGAGGAGGCUGGAUCAGAUGCACGCGAAGCAUGUCCUACCAGGAUUCGAUGACGAGAGCGUGAAGGCAAAGGAGGAACGGGAGAUCGAGGGCUUGACGCAGGACAUCACGAGGGACUUCACAACGUGCCAGAAAGCUAUAAGGCGCAUCGAUCGACUGGUACAAGAGCAGCAACACCAGAAUCGCGGAGGCGUAUCGAAUGCGGACGCGACAAUGGCCAAGAACCUCAAGAUGAGCUUGGCAUCGCGAAUAGGAGAUGUCAGCACGUCAUUCAGGAAGAAGCAGUCUGCGUACAUGAAGAAGCUGCGGCAACUGGGAGGAAUGGGUACUAGCAGUCCCUUCGAUCGAUCGGGCACGCCCAUGGCCCAGAACCCGUACAACGACCCGGCGAUGAUGGACUCCGAGGCGGAUCGAUCGUCGGCGCAGUCGACGCUGUUACAGACAGCCCAAGUCCGGAAACGAACAGGCGUACAAGACGCAGCGAUCGAGCAACGAGAGCGAGAGAUCGAGAAGAUUGCACAGGGCAUUAUUGACUUGUCAAACUUGUUCCAAGAGAUUCAGACUAUGGUCAUCGACCAAGGCACCGUGCUGGACCGGAUCGACUACAACGUGGACCGAACAGCCGAACACGUGAAAGAGGCAGACAAAGAGCUCAAGGUCGCGACAGGAUACCAGAAACGAAGCACGAAGCGCAAGAUUAUCCUGCUGCUGGUGCUGAUCGUGGUGGGCAUGUUCAUCUUGCUACUGGUGAAGCCGAGGAGUCAGAGCGGUGGGCAGCCAGCGCCGGCACCACCUCCGCCUGUUGAGCCGCCGGUACCGAACGAUCCAGGCGCAGGACUGCCGCCGAGGUUGUCACAGGGAGAAAACGUACCAGACGCAGCAGGUCUGUUUGGAAAUGAAGAGAGACAUCUCGAGUGGAAGCAGCGCAGACGACGACCGAGUUCAUCCAGGUGA